AAAUCCUUUUAAAGAGAAAAAGAUCGCUUUUCAAAGUCAUCAUCUCAGCUUUAUCCUCCAACAAGGUUUGACAACAAACAUAAACUCUUUUCUUUUUCUCCCAUCUCUUUGCUCUCAUCGCCUGCAAAUUUUCCUCUUUAAGGAUCUAAUGGCAAAGAGCUCCUUCAAGCAAGAACAUGAUCUUGAGAAAAGACGUGCUGAGGCUGCUAGGAUUAGAGAGAAGUACCCUGACAGAAUACCAGUGAUUGUGGAGAAAGCAGAGAGAAGUGAUAUCCCAAAUAUUGACAAGAAAAAAUACCUAGUCCCAGCCGACUUGACAGUAGGACAGUUUGUUUAUGUGAUCCGCAAAAGGAUCAAGCUUAGUGCGGAGAAAGCAAUCUUCAUCUUUGUGGAUAACGUCCUUCCACCUACUGGAGCUAUUAUGUCUGCUAUAUAUGAGGAGAAGAAAGAUGAAGAUGGGUUCCUCUAUGUUACUUACAGCGGCGAGAACACAUUUGGGUAUCUUGCCAUGGACUAGUACAAAGUUUUAUCUUGAUGGAUUCUCCUUCGGAGUUAAUAAUUCUAGUAGUUAUCCUUUUGGUUUCACAUCUAUGGUGAUUUGCUAUCCUUGCACUCUAAAAAGGAGUAACUUUGUGUAAAUACUGCUGUACAUAAUUUCAUCCUCUGAUAUUUAAUGGUAAAUUUUACCUUGACUUUCUUAA